AUGGCGGAAGACAAGAAGAACAGCAAGGAUGAAAAGGACGAUAAGGAGAAGGAUGAAAAGAAAGAUGGCGAUAAGCCGAAAGAAGCCAAGAAGGACAGACGUGACGUGGUGGUCCACCCCAUCGUCUUGCUUGGCGUGGUAGACCACUACAACCGAGUCGCAAAAGGUACGACCAAGCGAGUGGUUGGAACGCUGCUGGGUGAGGUGUCGGACUACAGCCUACACAUCACCAACUGCUUUGCUGUGCCCUUCGAGGAAGAUCCGCGGGAUCCACAGGUGUGGUUUCUCGACCACAACUAUCACGAAGCCAUGUUUGCCAUGUUCAAGAAGGUGAACACCAAAGAGCGAAUUGUGGGGUGGUAUUCCACAGGACCAAAGAUCAAGCCCUCUGACCUCAGCAUCCAUGAGCUGUAUCGACGGUACUGCCCUGAACCGGUGCUUGUGGUCAUGGAUGUGCAGCCAAAGGAUCUGGAGCUGCCCAUGGAAGCAUACUACUCUGUUCAAGAGCAGACCUCGGAUGAGGUUUUCAAACGGACGUUCCUGCAUGUCCACUCCACAGUCGGAGCUUUUGAGGCCGAAGAAGUUGGUGUCGAGCACCUUCUUCGUGACAUCAAGAAUGCAUCGGCAUCUACUCUGGCUGUGCGCGUCGGUGACAAGAUCGGUGCUCUAAAGGGCUUGGCGAUGCGACUUCGCGAAAUCUCGCAGUACUUGAGCCAAGUGGUAGCUGGCAAGCUGCCAAUGAACCAGGAGAUCAUAUACCAGUUACAGGAGAUCUUCAACCUGAUGCCCGACCAGGACUCAGAAGAACUAGUCAGGUCUCUUGCGACUGAAACAAACGAUAUGAUGCUGGCCUUGUACCUGGGUAGCAUGCUUCGAUCGACCGUGGCGCUCCACAACCUGAUCAACAACAAAAUGAGGAACAAGAAGCAAAAGGAAAAGGCUGCAGAGCCGAAGGAGAAAGAAAAGAAGGAGGAUGCAAAGAAGGACAAGGAGGAGGCUUGGCAAAUUCUGCAUGUUUCUUUCAUGAAAAGGGGGUCAUACGAGGUGCAUGCAGUGCAUGCCUACCUGCUUAGCAAGGUGCUUUGCAGCUCCUGGUUUCCACAAGGAUGUGACUCGGCAAUCAACCUGCCCAUCAAUCUGCCUGGAGUCGAAGCGGGAGCUGAGAAAGCUAAGGGGAUACACUUGCGGAGGGUUCCUCGAGCAUCAGCUCUGUGUGUGCGUCGAGAGACGGCAUCGAGCGAAGCGGAACCUCCUCGACUGGUUGGAGGGAGCAGUGGACAGCAAGCCGGAGCAAUGGAACUGCAAGGAGAAGGUGCCACUUCAUCCCAGCCCCUGCGCGCAGGCAGCAAGGCCCGUGCAAGAGGACGUGGACGUCUGCAAGGUGGUCGCUUGAAGCCUUGGCUGCAGAAGCAGGGUACGGACAUCCGCCGCAGUCCAGAAGACGAAGGCAAUGCCUUCGGAAAAGUGUUGUCGGUGCUGUUGGCUUUGUGGCUUGGAAGAUUCGUGCUCGAGCUGAGUCUUUUCGGCAAUGAGGUGAGCUGCUCAUCUUUCUGUCUUCCGCACGAGGGCACGUACUAUGUCAGCAGUCGAUCUGUAAUUGCGACAACCGUCACCCAAGGUGGGGAAUCAAGAACGAGCAUCCAAGAGAAUGAAGAGAUACGUACCAAUUUGUGGAGCCCGGCAUUGAAGAAAUGA